AUGGUUACAUGCAGUCUCCCAUCGCUGGGAGUAACUCUCCUUCUCACUGCUCUUGCCCAUGCCCAGUUUCCUCCCACGCCACGAGACGUGAAAGUUGUCGAAUCGCAGCUUGAAGAAGGUGUUCGAAUCUCAUACAAAGAGACAAAGCUGUGUGAGACUACGGAAGGCGUCCGAAGCUUCUCCGGCUAUGUCCAUCUUCCUGCCGGAGCACUCGCCGACUUGGGUGUCCCGGAUCAGACGUAUGAGAUUAAUACAUAUUUCUGGUUCUUUGAGUCCAGAAAGGAUCCCAAAAAUGCGCCCUUGUCAGUUUGGAUGAAUGGUGGACCUGGGUCCAGCUCCAUGCUUGGACUCUUGCGUGAGAAUGGUCCGUGCUUUGUUCAUUCCGAUUCAAACAAUACCUACAUCAACGAGUGGUCGUGGAAUAACGAAGUGAAUAUGCUAUAUCUCGACCAACCCGUACAAGUCGGUCUUAGCUACGACAGCUUGGUGAACAUUACCACCAACCUGGACACAGGUGAGCUGAAGGUCGUAGACUUCCAGGAUACCCCGGUCCCUGCUCAGAACAAUAGUUUCUAUGUCGGUACUUACCCCAGUCAAAACUCCAAUUUCACCACUCGAGGCACUGAAAAUUCUGCACGAGCGCUUUGGAACUUUGCCCAGGUCUGGUUCCAAGAUUUUCCUGAGCACAAGCCCAAUGAUGACAGAAUAUCAAUUGCCACCGAAUCUUAUGGAGGUCGAUACGGGCCCGCUUUUGCGGCCUACUUCCAGGAACAAAAUGAGAAGAUUGAAAACGGAACUUGGAAUGAAGCUGGGGAGACGCAUAUUCUGCAUCUGGACACACUUUUGAUUAUCAACGGCUGUAUUGAUCGAUAUGUACAGUGGCCAGGUUACCCAAUGAUGGCAUACAAUAACACGUACGGCAUCCAAGCUGUGAAUGAGAGCCGCUAUCAGGAAGUGCUCAACAAUUUGUACCGCAAAGGAGGUUGCUUGGAACAGAUCGAAGUCUGCCAGAACCUCAGCCUCGCGUAUGAUCCCACCAAUCAAGGUUUUAAUGCCACUGUUAACAAGGCAUGUGAGGCUGCGGAGACCUUCUGUUCCGAGCAAAUACGGGACCCCUACUUUGAUACCGAUUUGAAUUACUACGAUAUAUCAGCGCCUGGUGCAGCAUCAUACCCUCCACCCUGGUACGAAGGCUUUCUCAACCAACCCCAUGUACAACAGGACCUCGGAGUACCGCUCAACUGGACCCAGUCAAACUUGGCAGUGUCCAAAUCAUUCCGUAGUAUAGGUGAUUAUCCACGUCCAAAUUGGAAGGGAGACUUGGCCUACUUGCUUGAGGAGGGAAUCAAAGUCACGCUGGUUUACGGUGACCGCGACUAUGCUUGUAAUUGGUAUGGAGGAGAACUUCUCUCACUUGCCAUACCGUACGAAAAUGCCACUUCAUUUGCCAAUGCGGGUUAUGCGCCCGUAGUGGUGAACGAUACAUAUAUUGGUGGUCAGGUACGCCAGUACGGUAACCUAUCAUUUACACGCGUUUACGAAGCUGGCCAUGAAGUUCCUGCUUAUCAACCGGAGACUGCAUACAGGAUCUUCAUGCGCUCUCUAUUCAAUCGAGACAUCAGCACUGGUAAUGUCUCUACUGCCAACAACGCCAGCUACGCGACAGAAGGUCCAGCGGACGUGUCCAACAUCACCAAUGUACCGAUAGUCGAUCCAGGAGCACAGUGCUAUGUCUUGGAUCCUGGCCAGUGUACCAAGGAGCAGUGGAAGUCUGUGAUGAACGGCACUGCCCUUGUUCGCAACUGGAUAGUCGUGGAUGCUAACACGAGCCACCUUUUCCCAGACUUAAUAUCUAAUAGCACUGCAGGGAAUGGAACGAUUCCGUCGACCACAGGCAACUCCAUGCCCAUCUACACGGGAGCUGCGCCUGGUAGUAUCUUCUUAAGUGCUUUCAACAAGGCUUUGUUUGCAGCAGGCAUUGGCAGCAUCCUCUUCAUAUGA